AUGGCGCCGCCGAAGAAAAGCACGGAUGACAUCGUACCACCAGCAACAUCGCCUUCGGGACUCCUUUGGGCGUGUCAGAUGAAGCGCGAGAACGCUGCCAUCAUGAGCCGAAUGCAGAAGCUCGAGUCGGAACUUGGUCGGGUCGAAACUAGUACUAGCGCCCGCGAUGAGGGUAGCGAGAAGAUAAAAGGACUCGAGAAGCGAAUUGAUGCUCUUUCGAAGAAGAACGAAAAGGAUCGCGAGCAGCUGGGGAGGGAAUCGCGGGAGCGAUAUCAGGAUCUGCAGGGCGAUGUGAAGGCCAUCACUACACGAGUUGAUGCUCUGGGCGAAGGGCUGGCGGUCGUCAAAAGGUUUGAGGAGGAAUUGCGGGAGUAUGAGUUGACGUUGUUUGAGCUGCAGCGUUUUGUCGAUGAAGAGAGAUUUGGGGCCCUCAGGGAGAUGUUGGCGGAUAUGAAGGAAAGAUUAGAUGGACGCGACAAGGAGAAUGAGGACGUUCAAGAGAAGCUGCAAGUUUUGGAAGGGGCUACGCAGAGUCUGAAGGAGGUCUGUGAGGAUUUGAAGGGCCAGGUUGAGAACAUUGCUGCAAAGCCUGUGCGGCAAGUGCCCGUAGCAGGAGGGCACGGUAUUACUGAUGGCCGAGCAUCAGGUAUGCUUGAGAUACCAGCGCCGAAGAAAGCAGCCGCAAAAAAGGGGACAUCGAAGGAUGCCGCUGUUCGCAGCGCGCCGACAAAUGCAGCGAACAGUGUUGCCGCCCCGAAGGCACGAACGACUAGGGCGACAGUGGCUGUCGACACCACUCAGAUCCAGGACCCAGCGGCUCCCUCGCCAACCCUUUCAACCAAGGAGAAGAAGUUUGUCGGCGCUGGACGAGGACGAAUUGAGAUUGCACGUACGCCGAGCAAUGAACCAGGAGGAGACGUCGAGAGCAGCGGGGUUGAUUUCGUAGCGUAAGUCAUGCCUCAAAUGCUGGUAGUACGGACGAUAUACUGAUGUUGAGAAACAGUCCAAACGGGCGGCGUGGUCGCUGCGCGCGAGAGACAAAAGUCGUCAAUCCGACCGAGGAGCCGGUAUCAGCCAAGCGUGGUCCCGGUCGCCCAAGGAAGAAUAAGGCUCAGCUUGCCUCUUCUGCGUCCAAAGGAAAGGAGCCGGCAGAGAUACCAGUAGCAGUAGCUCGCGGCACCAAGCGCAAGGCCGAGGCCGGAAACGAAGAACCCGCUGCUCGGAUCACCAGAAGCCAAGCGCCAAAGGAGCCAUCCAGCGAAGGACAGGAUGAUCAGCAAGAGCCUGAAUCAGUCGCCAACCCGCAGCCCAAAUCGAAAAAUGCGACAGUACAGCCAGCUCCUCGUGUCGCCCGCGGUCAAGCAGUGAAGAGACCAGCGGUUGAACAUGAUGAGCCAAAUGAGGGGCCGACCAACAUUCCAGAGACUCCGCAAUCAAGACCUGCCGUAACCUCUGGCGUCGCACAGAAGUCAAAGCGCACCAUCGUUCUUACUCCGUUGCCGCAAGAGGGCCAACAGUCUCAUCGAAAGGGGAAGCAAAAGAAAGGCAAGCAGAAGCUGCGCUGCGGUCCUGCGAAUCGCUCCAGCUCACCACCCUCCACAGCGCCAGAGAAUCAAGGCGGUCCUAUGCGUCAGCCGGACUUCUUGGGUAAGGGACAGAAGCCCAACAGGGUGGAUCAAGUAACUGCUCAGGUGACGACGGAGAACCUGACUGUUGGAAGACCGACGAAGAAGCGUCGAAGUCUUCUGCGGGAUGACGAGAAGGACGAGGAGCUCCUGAAGAAGUACAGUAAUUGGACGGAUUAG